AUGGAUGAUAGAGUUGUAUUGAAGAUUUAUUAUUACGGACAGAUCUUAUUACAAACAUAUGAGGGAGUUCAAUUUGUAUGUGAAAAUCCAUUAGAUGUUGUUAUUCCGUUCACAUUGUCAUUUGAGGAGUUGAAAGGUGUGAUUUGUGAGAAGAUAGGCACGCAAAGAUGUAGGAGAAUAUCGUGUAUUUUGUACAGGUAUCCUUUACCUGUGUUUGGCGGAUUUGUUCAAUUUCAGACCAAGUAUGUGAUGGACGAAGCGAGUAUGCAGGAAAUGUUUUCAAUGUACAUGGAAAAUCGCCACAGAAUAUCGUGCAUCGAGUUAUAUAUUGAGUUUGAGCAAUCUGAAGCGGACCGUAACAUUGAAUUGGAAGAUUAUAAUAGUGAAAGCGAAGAUGAAUUUGAAAGUAACUAUGAGAUCGUCGGUCCAGGUGAGGACGAAAAAGCAGCUGUUGGUGCCAGGAACGCAGAUGUGGCGGAAGUUGCAAAUGCACUAGCAAACCCGCAUCCGUUUCAAGAGCCUUCUUUCAUGCGGUCGUUGGAUUUGGGGGCUAUGCACGCACCGGAGUUUCCGCAAUAUAUGAAUCCAGCCCCUCCUGUUGUGGCGGAUGGUGAAUUCACAGUGGGGAUGGAAUUCAGCUCAAGGGAGACAGUAAUCAAGGCAAUGAAAGAUUAUACCAUCCGAAGAGGUGUGGACUAUCGGGUAUAUGAGUCGGAACCGACGACAUUCUAUGCCAAAUGUAUAGAAUAUGGGAAUGGUUGUGACUGGUUGAUCAGGGUAACCAAAAUGCAGAAGAAGUACUGUUGGGAGAUAAGGAGGUACAAUGGAAGUCAUACUUGUACCAGGUCUACUAUUUCUCAAGACCAUUCGAAGCUGGAUUCCAAGACAGUUGCAGAAGCAAUAAAGCCGUUGGUAGAGGUUGACCCGUCUAUAAAGGUGAAAUCAGUAAUUGCUGAUAUCCAGUCAAAGUUUAACUACACCAUCAGUUAUCGCAAGGCUUGCUUACCAGGGGAUGAUUUGGUUCCUGAUAUACGUGUUCUACAUAGAGUCUUCUGGAGUUAUUACCCCUGUAUAAGGGCCUUCAGACACUGCAAGCCAGUGGUGCAGGUGGACGGGACUCAUUUGUAUGGAAAAUACAAGGGUUGUUUAUUGGUUGCAGUGUCACAAGAUGGUAAUAACAACAUCGUGCCUAUUGCAUUUGCCAUAGUGGAGGGAGAGACUUCUGAUGCAUGGCACUUUUUUCUGAGCAACCUGCGUCAACAUGUGGUGACCCGUGAUGGUGUCGGACUAAUCUCCGAUCGACACGAUUCGAUUAGGUCAGCUAUUGAACGAAGUAAUGGGGCGUGGUCUCCUCCAAGAGCUUUCCAUAUGUUUUGUAUCCGGCAUAUUGAGUCCAACUUCUUGAGGAAGUUCAAAGCACCGUACCUGCAGAAGCUUAUCGUCAACAUUGGAUACUCGAGGACGACCAGGGAGUACCAGAUGCGCUAUGAACGAUUAAAGGAACGGGGUGAGGCUUACACCAAUUGGCUUGAUCGGAUCCCUCGUGAGCAGUAUGCUUUGGCAUUUGAUGGUGGUUACCGAUGGGGUCAUAUGACCACCAAUCUUGUGGAAUGUAUCAACUCCGUCUUAAAGGGUGCACGCAAUCUCCCAGUCACUGCACUUGUUAAGGCGAUAUUUUACAGACUGAAUGAGUUGUUCACUAGGAAAAGAGCUGAGGCUGAAGCCCGAAUCAGUGCUGGACUUGUAUUCUCUGAGAUGGUGACAACCAAGCUGAAUGCAAAUCAACGAGCAUCAGGUAACAUACAGGUUAGCUGUUUUGAUAGAGAAAAUGAAGUCUUCGAAGUACGCGAGAUGCCUAGUGGGGUUGAGUAUGCAGUUGACCUGCGCCACUAUCGGUGUGACUGUGGUGAAUUUCAGGUUGACCGAAUUCCGUGUAGGCACGUGUUUGCGUGUUGUGCAAAUCAGAGGUUGGAUUGGAAAGUGUACGUUAAUGACGUUUACAAGAUGGACCAAAUUCGAAGAGUAUACAGGGCUAGGUUUCGACCACUGGGAAAUCCGGCAACGUGGCCUGCUUAUCAUGGACCUAGAUUCGUUAGAAACCCGUUCCUCAGACGGGUAGCUAAGGGCCGGCCGAAGAUGACCCGCUUCUUGAAUGAGAUGGACACUCGUAUGUUGCGUCGCCCGAGGCGAUGCAAGCAAUGCGGUGCCGAGGGCCAUAGUCGCAGUAGAUGUCGUCAAAGUGGUGGACCGAGUGCAGGUCCAACUGAAUAG